AUGGAGUCGCCGUCAUCGCGUGCGCCGUCACGUAAGCCAUCGACGAGGCGGUUGAGCUUCAUGAGCUUCUUCGACAUGUACGUGGUUCCGGUGCAUACGCUUUGGUUGAUGACUCGCUUGCAGCCGCACGAGGAGCUGCUUGAGGAGGGCAUGCUGGUGAAAUUCAUGGAGAAUCUUGGAGAAGCACUCUUCAUCUCUCAUCAGUGGGCUGGCAAGGGCCACCCCGACCCCGACCUUCAGCAACUGAAAGUUCUCCAGGCUGCCCUGAAGAACUUGCUGUCAGGAGCAAGCUCUGUUUCGGUCAGCAUGGUCAUGGAGCUCCUGGCCGGCCAGCAGCACGGAAUCUCCAUGAAAGACAGGUUGAGUAGCAGCCUGUACCUGUGGUACGACUAUUUCAGCUGUCCGCAGGCUAACGUCCAACAUCGGCAGUCUGCCAUCGAUAGCAUACCCUCCUACGUGGCUCGUUGUCAGAUCUUUUGCAUCCUUUGUCCUCAUGUUCGGCAUGCACGUGACAACACGCUCCUCAGCAAACACACCUGGGCGGGUCGAGGCUGGUGCAGGUUGGAAAGGGCUGCCCGCGAGCUGAGCCUGCAUGCCGAUGCCAUCGCCACGGUGGAGAUCCACAGCGCCACGCACCAGGUCUUGUCGAACACCUUCGACUGGAUCCGCAGCCCCGUGGGCGAGGGCCAGUUCACCGAGGAGACCGACCGCGUGCGCGUGGCGGAGGUGCUCCACAAAAUGGUCAGGGCGAAGCUGCGCCACUACUUCGCGCAGGAGGACCUGCACAACUACCGCGUGCUGCUCAACAUACAGAAGGUUCUCUUCAGGGGUCUUCCGGUCAAGGCCGUCGAGAGCUCCUCGCAUGGCUUCUCUUCAGACGAGAUCGAUCCAUCCAAGCACGCUCUCGCGGAGUUCUUGCACCAGAACUUCUUUUCCAGUGCCCUGGAGCGAAACGACCUGGGAUGGACGCCACUGUGCUACGCAGCCCUGGGUGGUGACCCUCUCGUCAUGGCCGCCUUGCUCGAGCAGCGCGCGGAUGUCAAUGCGUGCAUCGGGUGCCGAGAUCCUGUCCUGCAGUUUGCGCAAGGCACCAGCAUCCUGGACAUGUGCGUUUGCUUGCAGCACAACCAUGCGGUGCAGAUGCUCAUUGACUUUUCUGCGGACAUUGAGCAGAAGGAUGGGCUCAGAGCCACGGCAGCUCAUUGGGCCUGUGUGGGCAACAAUCUCGAAGGGCUCCGGCAGCUGAUGGCGGCCGGCUGCAGCUUGGAGCACCGCGCGCUGUUUGGCGAGCUGCCCUUUGGGCUGGCUUGUGCCAUGGGCAGCGUGAAGUGCAUCAAGGAGCUCCUUCCCUGCAUGAGCCAGGAGGAGCUCGCGGUCGGGCUACACUCGGCCAUCCUCUACGGGCACGCCUCGGCAGAAGUGGUGGCCAUUUUGGUCGAAGCCGGGUCGGACAUCAAUCAGCCAGCGCAGCCCAGCCUCUGGAGUCCUUUCGGCCUCGUGUGCGCGUUCCUUAGCCUGCGGCACCAUUGGCGGCCCUCGGCCUUAAGCACGUAUGCCAGCAACCUGGCAGGGGCCACGCCUUUGAUGUGCAGCAUCCUCAGCUGCUCUUUCGAAGCCGCGGCCGUUCUGAUCUCAGCGGGUGCGAGCUUGGACCAUUGCAAUGUGAAAGGAAAGACUGUGAUGGACCUUACGGUGGCGGCUGCACUGACGGCGUUGCGUGCUUUCAAGGAGGACUGGCGAGAGGCCGUGCGGGCCCAGGCGGCCCGCGGGCUGGAGAGGCGGCUGGACUCCCUGAAGUACGAGCUCCAAAAGAUGCCAAUGGCACCACAUCUCGGAUCCACCCGGCGCGUCCUGCGGGACCGUGUGGCCGUGCUGGCGCUUCUGCUGCAGGCCUUGGCCGACCUGCGGCUUGGCAUGGAGACCAGGGGGGCGGAGAUCGAGAGUGCCUUGGUGGCACUGGGCCUUCAGACCUCCCCGGGAAGCAGCUCUUCGCGGCAGACAGGUACGAGCACGACUGCCGAGUCCUCCAGCCGCAGCCGCACCAGCUCCGCUGUCAGUGACAGUAGCAAGGGCACCGAGGAUCCCACGCCGGACCUGCCGAACCUCGCUGACUGUGAGGCUGCUGUUGAUGCCAUGGUCACGAAGACCGAGCACGGCAUGCGAGAAGGGCUUCGCCUCUUGGGACUACCUACGGGCCCGCUGCAUUUCGUGCCGGGGUCUGAGCUGCGGCUCCGUGGCCACGACAUCAGGAUAGCCGUUUGCAGCUUGAUCGCGCACUGGCUCGAGGAUGAGAAGCCGGCCUUCUUCGACGUCCUGCAGCGCAUCCACCAGGUGCUCCGGAAGGAAGCCCCGCCGGUUCGCGACACGGUCGGGCCCUCCGAGCUUGCCUCGCUCCGCGAGGCGCUGCGUGCCGAGCGGCGCGCGCUCCUGGACCAGCUAGAAGGCUUGGAUGAGCGUUUGCGCGUCAUUGACGAGCAGCUAAAUUUGCCUGCCGUGGUGCAAGACGUCGAGGUCAAAGCGCAGAGCGGCACCCUCUUCAACUGUGGCGUGAAGCCAAGCGCCCCUUUGGACAAGGCUGUGGAGCCGCGGCUCACGGCCGGUUGCGAGCUUGCCGGGGCUUUGUCUGGCAUCGCGGAGAACCUCGCGGCAGAGAACCAGCGCUCGGUCGAGCGCUUCGGUGCCCAACUGCAGCUCAGGCGCGCCGAACUCCUCUCCGCGCUGAGGGAGCACCUCGCAGCGGAGGAGGGCCGGCUCUCUGCCCUCGUCGUUGCUCCAAGCGGGGUCGUGAACGCUGCCCAGGUGGCGGCGGAAGCCGUGUACGGCGCCUUCGAGGAAAACAGGCAGCUGUGCGAGCUUGUUCAGAAAGCGCUUUGCCCGGCCUCCUCGUCGACCUCGCCGGUCAGCGAGCUUUGUGCAGGGAGCAGGUGCCGCGCCAGAUGGAUGGAUGGAAACUACUACGAUGCGACCAUCCACACGGUCCUGCCGGAUGGCUCCGUGGUUGUGAACUGGCUCCGUCCGCGCCCGGGCCACGAUAGCAAGGAGCGGCCCCUGCGCACCAUCAGCGGGGUUGGGGGUGAUGACACCCUGCAUCGAAUUCUGCAGAAGGCUGACAUCCACUUCGAGGGACUGGGUCCUGAGGGCCCGACAGGCUCGGAGGCAGCUCUGUCGGUGUUCCAGCGACGGCGGCCAAAGGAUCGCCAGUGCGUAGACUGCGGUGGAGAAGGUUCGGCCGAUUGGGCUUCUAUCUCCUUCGGCACCUAUGUGUGUGCCAAGUGCGUGGAGGGGCACACGUGCCUGGGUCCAAGCAGAAGCCUCGUCAGGCAGCUGAAUGAUGGCUGGGGCUGGACCAAGGGCGACCUGAAGUACAUGACUGCUGGUGGCAACGAGGCGUUCUUGUCUUGCCUCGAUGAGUACGCGGAGCUGAAAGCACUGCCGGCUUCUGAAAGGUAUGCUACCCGCUUUGCGGAGUACUACCGCCGCCAUCUGGAUGCACUGUGCACAGGUGCGCAGCUUCCCAGCAAGCCUAGUGUCGAGACUGCUCGUCAGCCGGCCCCAGCCAACGAUUUCCUCAGCCGCCCGGAGGCGGUGGAGGUGGCGAAGGAGGCAGUCAAGCGCUUCGAGGACGCUGCGAAGGUUGCGAGCUCCCAGUGCAAGAUGGCCAGGAGCGCGUCUUUGGUGGAGGACAUGCGGGCGGCCAUCCACCUGGAAGGUCCCAGGAGUAUGUCCGAUGCUUUCAAGUCACGCCGGAGGAAGGCUUCGUGUUGA